UGCAAAUCUAUGCUACACCAUUUUCAGUCGUGCUGCUGUUAAUGUCGCUGUCGGCGUGGCUGUGCGUCUGCCGAUGGGGAUUUCGGUACAAUCUUAAGGACAGAGAAAUAUUGUCCUGCUUGAUCGUGUACUUCGUCGUAAUCACCUUGUUGAACAUGCUGUUCCUUGGUCACAUGCAGUUCAAUUGCACUUAUCACAUUAAGAACUGUUAGGAACUGAUCUGCAAGUCGUUAAGAAACGCUGUUCUUCCGUAUUAGAUCAAUUCAAGAUGGGAAUGCCAAAGCAUGCCCAGUUCCUGGCAAGGACGGUGAUGGUACAAGAUAAAAAUUUAGAGAAGGCCUCUCGCUUGCUGAACAGUAUCCUUGGUAAGGAAGGUAUAUUUGAUCAGUAUAGGUACACAAGGUACUUUGAGAAACCAACGCAGACAAGGAGGCGAGUGAACUAUGAGAGGUGCCGAGCUAUCUAUUCUGAAGACAUGAACAGGAAAAUUAAGUUCAUUCUGAGGACCAACAGAGUUGAACCCUUCCCUGGCACUGCUUAAUUCCUAUGUAAAAGAAUAAAUAUAGUAAAACAAUUAUGUACCUAUAA